AUGCUCAAAACUUUGAUUCUCGCCACUUUCGUGGCAUGCUCUGCCGCAUUUGUGGUCCCAAAAACGCUUCCGUUUGUCGAUUCAUCGCUUCCAAUCACUUUCAAAGGAGUUAUUGCUGAGCCAGCGCCAAAAGUGAUAUCAAACAGCGCUACCUAUGGAUUCGCUAUUGACUUCUCCGUGCCGGCUACUCUUCAGCAACUUCAGGCUGUCAGACAAGCAGGAUACAAUGUAGUAUUCAUUCGUGGAUACACCCCAGCUGGACAAGGAACUUUUGAUACCAACAGUGUGACGUCGUUGAGAAAUGCCUACUCAGCUGGACUUGGAAUUGAAGUCUACAUGACUCCACAACCAGCUUCUUCGAAGCAAGGAUACCAACAACUCGAUGAAGUCUACAACGGAAUGACCACCAAUGGAAUCACCAUCCGCGCUAUCUGGAUCCAGGUUACUUCUCCAGCCAACUGGCCAGGAACUGUUCAGCAACACAUCAACUUCAUCAACAGCAUUGUCGCCAGAGCUAGACAAUACGGCCUUGCCGUCGGAAUCUACACAAACAACUAUGAUUGGAGUCAGAUCACUGGUGGAUGGAACAGUGUUGGAAACGACGUUCUCCUUUGGUACUGGAACGUUCUUGGAGGAGGCACCAGCGGUGAAACCCCAGCCGACUUCAGCGACUUCAGAAGCUUCGGAAACUGGAUUGCCCCGUCUGUGAAGCAAUUUGCUCAAGUUGAAGUUGUCGCUGGAAUCACCGUCAACCGCAACGUCUACACCAACGCCGGCGCUGAAUUGACAUCAGUUUCCGACAAGCAGGAAGACAAAAUUGUCGCCGGAAAUCUCGCUCUUCGAAUUCAUUAA